AUGGACAACGGAAACCCAACAGAAGGCAAGGAUCCUUCGACUUUUCUUAGCGAGAUCACUGGAGCUCCAGUGACUGUGAAGCUCAACUCUGGCGUCGUUUAUCAAGGCGAACUCCAGUCUGUCGAUGGAUACAUGAAUAUUGCAUUGGAAAAAACAGAGGAAUACGUCAAUGGGCAACUAAGGCGCUCUUAUGGUGACGCUUUUGUUCGUGGAAACAACGGUAUGCUAUUUCGCACUCAUUAUGGGGUUGACUUGGCGAAACUGACUGAAGGUAGUACUUUACAUUUCAGCGCGAUAGUCACAAAGCCGGCUCCGAUUGAAGGGGACCAUUUAUACUCUGGCAUCGUAUCUACUACCACCGAGACGAGUUCCGAUCAGACCACGAACAAGAAACAGAAUUGUGAUGUGGCUCAACAAUAA